AUGCUUCGCCCCUCAACUCUCCGCCCUGCGCUUCGCGCAUCAGCCCACACUAGAUGCGCCAUCGUCCGAACGACUCGCCGGUCUCUGUUCUCCCAGCGAUCAAACCGUCUGACCGAUGAUCUCGAUGUAAACCAGCUCAAUUCGAAGCGACGGGAUUACGAGCAAAACCGCACGGCUUUCCUGGCUGCCGGUGCCAUCGCUGGUAUCGUUUCCUUCGUUUAUACGGCAUGGAAACUCAAGAAGGCCAUUGAAGCACAAGGAGAAAAGGAAAAGGCAGUGAUCAAGUGCGAUACCCAGGUGCCAACAGAGAUCUUCAAGACAGAGGCGGGCGAGAAGCGAAAAGUGGUUAUUCAUGACGAAGAUGGAAACGAGGUCGUCCCUACAGGCAACACAACCGUCAAGUUGUUCCCCCGAACGUUAGAAGUGGAGAAUGUUGGAUCAGCUGGUGAUGUAGCUGGCCCGAUUGCAGCCGCCGUCACGGACAAGCAUGGAACCGAGUUUACACUGGUCGGAUUAGGAACAAGAACAGUGACUUUCCUCGGCUUCGAGGUGUAUGUAGUGGGCUUCUACGUCGCUACUCAGGAUGUGGAGAAGCUUCAGCGUUACUUGGUCAAGAAGAUCAACCCUCUUGCUACGACACUGAUUCCUUCCGAGAAGGAGGAUCUGCGAAAGGCUCUUCAGGAUGCUACCGAGGGCGAGGAGACAUGGAACAUGAUUCUGAAGGACGCCGGGUGCCGCUCAGCGUUCCGCAUCAUUCCUGUUAGAGAUACAGACUUCCCCCACAUGCGCGACGGUCUCGUUAGAGCUGUGCAGGCUCGCUCGGCUCGUAACCCAGACUACAACGACGAGUCGUUCGGCGAGGCCAUGAAGCAUUUCAAGGUAUUGUUUCAACGAGGUCAGGUAGCCAAGAAGAACGAACUUCUGCUCGUUCGAGACGGUGCCGGAAAGAUGACAAUCACUUAUAACGACAGCACGCGCAAGGAACCCGUUAAGACUGUCCUGGGAACUGUUGACGACGAGCGACUUUCAAGGUUGUUGUGGCUCAACUACCUAGCUGGAAGUAAGGUUGCGUCAGAGGAGGCCAGGAAGAACAUCAUCAAUGGCGUCAUGGAGUUUGUUGAGCGACCUGUUGGCACAGUCGCCACACAGGUUAUAUGA